AUGGCCCACAUCGUCUUCCUCCGCACGGCCGCCGCCGACCUCACCGCCGGGAAGCCGCCGCUGCGGGGCGUCCCGGCCUCGGCGCCGCUCUCCGCGGCGGCCGCGGCGAUCCCGGCGUCGCAGGAGGCCGACGUGGCCGUCUGGCGCGACGGCGCCUCGCCCCUGGCGCCCGCCGCGGCCACCGUCAUCGGCCUGCUCAGCUCCCUCGACGUCGUCGCUUUCCUCGCCUCCCACCUCGGCGACGCGGCAGCGGCGAUGAGGACCCCCGCCGGCGACGUGGUGGCGCACGAGCCGGCGCUCGUGCGGGAGGUCGAGCCCCACACAAGGGAAAUGCCAAUGCCAUUGCGUGUCAAUGUGAUUCAGCUUUCAAUUCGUGCGUGCAAGGUUGAUCGAAAUAGUGGAGCUAAUGAAGCAAGGAGCAAGGCGGGUCCUGGUGCGCAAGAACAUCUCGGAAGCGUGCACCGUCGUCGACAAGAAGCCGUUCGCGCCAUUCUACAAGGCCGUGCUGAAGAUCACGGGGACGCCGAGGGCGGCAGCCUCGGCGAAGGCCGUCGGCCGGCCAUCGCCGCCGUCGGCGUUCGGCUGCGACAGGUACUGCUGCCUGACGCGGGAAGACAUCAUCCGCUUCCUGAUCAACUGCCUCGGCGCGCUGGCGCCGACCCCGCUGCAGUCCAUCUCUCCCUCGGCGCGGUCAACCGCAGCUACGCCCACGUGGAGGCAUCGUCGCCGGCCAUCGAGUCCUCCUGGAGGGUCCCUUCCGAGCCCCGCGCCGUCGCCGUCGUGCAGACGAACCGCGACGGCUCGCACAAGGUCCUGGCCGACGUGUCCGCGCACAGGCUGUGGCGGCGCGACUACGCUGCCGCCGCGGACUCGAUGGCGAGCCUGUCGUCCCUCAACUUUGCCGCGGGAGUCGACGGCCACGGCAUGGUGGCGCCGGGUGAGGAUGACGACGCGAACGUCGCCGCGCCGUCGCCGAGGUCGUCGAGGCUCGGCGGCGGGAAGGCCGCGUUCGAGGCCAGCCUCGUCGGCCAGAUGAUGAUGGCGAGCCACGGCGGGAACGCGGCGCUGAGGUGCAGAAGCACCAGCUCGCUCGCCGCCGUCAUGGCGCAGAUGCUGUCGUACCGGACCACGCACAUCUGGGUAACUGACGGCGAGGAUGACGUCUUGGUUGGCGUUGUUGGUUACACGGAGAUCUUCAAUGCGGUCACCAGGGGUGUUGCUCCUCCACCUCCAGCUUGA